AUGGAACUAUGCCGCUGUGUAGAAAUCACUCGGAUUGGGACGAAGUUCAAGAUGAGCCAAGAAAUGGGUGAAAAGGAUAGCGUGGAUGUGAGUGAAGGUUUGGCGAACUUUGGCACGGAGGCUGGCUCAGAGAUUGCUCGUAUAGUGGCCGAACGACAGGAAUUGGAUAAGCCUGUUUCAUGA